UUGAUUUCCGACGGUGUUAUUUUGAUGAUAAUAGGAUCAGAUCUCUGAACCUUGUCUCCUCCUCUCUACAAUUUCUCUCCUGUUUACACACAAAUAAGAAAUGUGUUAUAUAUGUUAGACAUAUAUAUAUUUGUGUAGAUAUGUUAGUUAGAUCAGCUGUGGUGUUAUGUGAAUUGACAUUCGUGGCGGAUAUAAUUCGUAAUCGAUUUAUCACAUGAAUUGUGCUAUGAUAAUGAUAGGUAAAGUUGAUACAUUUUUUCUUUGGUUUAUGUGCUUUUUGUUGAUUUUUUUGAUUUAAAGGAGUUUUGUUUGAACAUUGAUGGAUCUGUGAACUUGAAUGCCUUGUGUUGCUAGUUAUUUGCUGAAAUUCAAUGAGAUUUUGUUUUCGCCGGGUGAUUGAAGAUCUAUUCAGAUGCAGUCACGUCCUACAAAACUUACCUUUAAGGUGAAAAAAGAAGAAAAUGGCACCUUUAUGGUGAAAAAAGAUGAGAAUGGCUUCAGUGAUACUACCAUCUCUGAUCACCUGGAAAGCACUCUUCAGCAAUCUAUAGACCUCGCUUCUUCGAAUGAGGAUGAGGAUCAUGGCACAGAGGAUGAAGAUAAUCAGUCUUGUGAAAAUGCUCAGAAUCAAUUAGUGGUCUAUGAUCCUGCUUCUAAUGGUACAGGUCAAAUUGAAGCUGUCCCUGAUCCUAUUGGGUACCAGCCUUCAACUUUCCGUAGAUUUCAAUCUUCCAGAGUUUUGCCUUCUGUGGGGGCAUUCACUGUCCAGUGUGCCAACUGUUUUAAAUGGAGGCUGAUCCCAACAAAGGAAAAGUAUGAAGAAAUUCGUGAACAUAUUUUAGAGCUUCCUUUUGUCUGCGAAACAGCUCGUGAGUGGCGGCCUGAGAUAUCCUGUGAAGAUCCAGCCGAUAUUUCUCAAGAUGGCAGUAGGCUUUGGGCAAUAGAUAAGCCUAAUAUUGCUCAGCCCCCUCCUGGUUGGCAACGUCUUUUAAGGAUCAGAGGUGAAGGAAGCACCAAGUUCGCAGAUGUGUAUUAUGUUGCACCAUCAGGCAAGAGACUUCGUUCUAUGGUUGAAAUUCAGAGGCACUUGCUAGAACAUCCAGAGUACAUGGCAAAAGGGGUGACUAUGUCGCAAUUUUCAUUUCAAAUCCCAAGACCGUUGCAGGAAAACUAUGUGAGAAAGCGUCCUACUCGUUUGACAGGUUCAUAUGAUGGCAAUUGUCCGGGAAUGCCAGCACUUCUUGGACCUAGUGAAGUCAAUCCAAUAGCAUGGGCAGGUCCGAAUGAGGGUACAGACUUGCAGCUUGGUGGACCAGGGCUCUCUACUCCAUAUUUUGAGGCACCUGUUUUUGAACCCGUAAAUCGACCGCCAAAGCAGGCAAGAAGGUGAAGGUAGAUUAGAUGUGCAGUUGCAGAUUGGUGUAUUUUGGGCUGAAGGUGAAGGUAGAAGAACCUCAUCAAGAUAGAAUGGUGCCUACAAUCUUUAUUUUGAACCCCUUUUUGUGACCUAGGUUCAGCUUGUUAUACACAUCUUAUUUUCUCAGCCUUUAUAUUGUCUUUCCCUAAAAAACCUGUAUGUUUCUCGUGAACUUGAAGAAGGUUGAAGGGGGUAGGGCUACCUGUUGUAUUGAAUCUGAUAAGUGAUAGUAAUGUGUAAGAAAAAUAUAUGAAAGGGAAACUACGGGAAACUAUAUAUAGUUUAUUUUGAAUCUCAGGUUUCUGAUUUUCACGCGCU